UCGCUUGUAACAAACAGAGAACGGAGAAGAGCAACGGUCGUUAGUCGAGAUCUGCCGCGUCACAGAAGAACCACACUAGAACUUGAACAGAAAAAACAACUCAAAACCUGUCAGACCAUCGGAGAAGUGAACUCGAACGAACCUGAGAGGAAACGGAGCCUUGGUUUUCAGAAGCAGCAGGGAGCCGAACCGGAGGAAAGAUGAUGAGUUUUCUACCAUACUUCUCCGCUGAGACCUGGACCCUCCUGGCCCUCCUCAUCACCCUCAUUGUAGUGUACGGGUACUGGCCCUAUGGUGUAUUCACUAAGAUGGGUAUCCCUGGUCCCAAACCCCUACCUUACUUUGGCACAAUGUUGGAGUAUAAAAAGGGCUUCACUAACUUUGACACAGAGUGCUUUCAGAAGUACGGGAGAAUCUGGGGGAUCUAUGAUGGGAGGCAGCCUGUUCUGUGUAUCAUGGACAAAAGCAUGAUCAAGACCGUCCUGAUUAAAGAGUGUUACAACAUCUUCACCAACCGCAGGAACUUCCAUCUGAAUGGUGAGCUGUUUGAUGCGUUGUCCGUUGCCGAGGACGAUACAUGGAGACGGAUCCGCAGUGUCCUCUCACCUUCCUUUACCUCUGGACGACUAAAAGAGAUGUUUGGUAUCAUGAAGCAGCACUCUUCUACCCUGCUGAGUGGAAUGAAGAAGCAGGCAGAUAAAGACCAGACCAUUGAAGUGAAGGAGUUCUUUGGGCCCUACAGUAUGGAUGUGGUCACCAGCACAGCUUUCAGUGUGGACAUUGACUCUCUGAACAACCCUUCAGACCCCUUUGUCUCCAACGUCAAGAAGAUGCUCAAGUUCGACCUGUUCAACCCACUGUUCCUCCUAGUCGCUUUGUUUCCCUUCACUGGUCCUAUUUUGGAGAAGAUGAAGUUUUCUUUCUUCCCGACUGCGGUGACAGACUUCUUUUACGCCUCGCUGGCUAAGAUCAAAUCUGGACGUGACACUGGGAACUCAACUAAUCGGGUGGAUUUCUUACAGCUGAUGAUCGACUCUCAGAAAGGCAGUGACACAAAGACAGGAGAGGAACAGACUAAAGGACUGACUGAUCAUGAGAUCUUGUCUCAGGCCAUGAUCUUCAUCUUCGCCGGCUACGAGACCAGCAGCAGUACUAUGAGUUUCCUGGCCUAUAACUUGGCAACCAACCACCAUGUCAUGACCAAACUGCAGGAGGAGAUAGAUACUGUGUUCCCCAACAAGGCUCCAAUCCAGUACGAAGCUCUGAUGCAGAUGGACUAUUUGGACUGUGUGUUGAACGAGUCUCUGAGACUGUACCCCAUCGCCCCGCGACUAGAGAGGGUCGCCAAGAAGACGGUGGAGAUCAACGGCAUCGUCAUCCCCAAAGACUGCAUUGUCCUGGUUCCCACGUGGACCCUCCAUCGUGACCCAGAGAUCUGGUCUGACCCUGAGGAGUUCAAACCAGAGCGGUUCAGUAAGGAGAACAAGGAGUCUAUUGAUCCGUACACAUACAUGCCAUUUGGGGCGGGGCCCAGGAACUGUAUCGGGAUGCGCUUCGCCCUGAUCAUGAUCAAACUGGCCAUGGUCGAGAUCCUCCAGAGUUUCACUUUCUCCGUCUGUGACGAGACCGAGAUCCCUCUGGAGAUGGACAACCAGGGUCUGCUGAUGCCAAAACGACCAAUCAAACUGAGGCUGGAGGCCCGUAGAAACACCCCUAGCAACACCACCGCUACCACUCUGAAGAGUCCAACAACGUGACCAAAUGCAGGAGCACCCUACCCUGGAGUACCUCUCUCUCUCUCUCUCUCUCUCUCUCUCUCUCUUCCCUCUCUCUCUCUCUCUCUCUUCCCCCUCUCCCCCCCCCCCCCCCCCCCCCCCCACACAAAAGGGCUUUACUACAGACAGAAAAACUCCUCCGCAAGCCCCCUCACCCCGCUAAUGAAAAUUUCUGGUAUCUUUUAUUUCAGCUCAUGAAACAUUUUUGUUCAACAGCCUCCGUUGGACGUGCUGCCAAAUUUUCUAUCUAUCUAUCUAUCUAUCUAUCUAUCUAUCUAUCUAUCUAUCUAUCUGUCUGUCGAUCGGCUACUGAAUAAUCAGUCCUUAUCCUGACCCUGCUAUGGGCUACUGAAUAUUCAGUCCUUAUCCUAACCCUGCUAUGGGCUACUGAAUAUUCAGUCCUUAUCCUAACCCUGCUAUGGGCUACUGAAUAUUCAGUCCUUAUCCUAACCCUGCUAUGGGCUACUGAAUAUUCAGUCCUUAUCCUAACCCUGCUAUGGGCUACUGAAUAUUCAGUCCUUAUCCUAACCCUGCUAUGGGCUACUGAAUAUUCAGUCCUUAUCCUAACCCUGCUAUGGGCUACUGAAUAUUCAGUCCUUAUCCUAACCCUGCUAUGGGCUACUGAAUAUUCAGUCCUUAUCCUGACCCUGCUAUAGGUUACUGAAUAUUCAGUCCUUAUCCUAACCCUGCUAUGGGCUACUGAAUAUUCAGUCCUUAUCCUAACCCUGCUAUGGGCUACUGAAUAUUCAGUCCUUAUCCUAACCCUGCUAUGGGCUACUGAAUAUUCAGUCCUUAUCCUGACCCUGCUAUGGGCUACUAAAUAUUCAGUCCUUAUCCUAACCCUGCUAUAGGCUACUAAAUAUUCAGUCCUUAUCCUAACCCUGCUAUGGGCUACUGAAUAUUCAGUCCUUAUCCUGACCCUGCUAUGGGCUACUGAAUAUUCAGUCCUUAUCCUAACCCUGCUAUGGGCUACUGAAUAUUCAGUCCUUAUCCUAACCCUGCUAUGGGCUACUGAAUAUUCAGUCCUUAUCCUAACCCUGCUAUGGGCUACUGAAUAUUCAGUCCUUAUCCUGACCCUGCUAUGGGCUACUGAAUAUUCAGUCCUUAUCCUAACCCUGCUAUGGGCUACUGAAUAUUCAGUCCUUAUCCUAACCCUGCUAUGGGCUACUGAAUAUUCAGUCCUUAUCCUAACCCUGCUAUGGGCUACUGAAUAUUCAGUCCUUAUCCUAACCCUGCUAUGGGCUACUGAAUAUUCAGUCCUUAUCCUAACCCUGCUAUGGGCUACUGAAUAUUCAGUCCUUAUCCUAACCCUGCUAUGGGUUACUGAAUAUUCAGUCCUUAUCCUAACCCUGCUAUGGGCUACUGAAUAUUCAGUCCUUAUCCUAACCCUGCUAUGGGCUACUGAAUAUUCAGUCCUUAUCCUAACCCUGCUAUGGGCUACUGAAUAUUCAGUCCUUAUCCUAACCCUGCUAUGGGCUACUGAAUAUUCAGGGUGGGAUUCAAUAGGCUACUUGAUAUAAUAUAAUAUGAUUAAAAAAUGGUCAUUGAAGCCUGGUCUCAGUCUCAUGCUUGGUUUGAGUAGGACUCAGAAAUCCAUUUCCACCAGAUAAAAGAGAGAUAGUAAUACUAUGGAUGCAUUAGAGGUACAUGUCUUGUUAAAGUUAGACACCAGGGGGUAUUAAAUCCAUGGCAUGAUGUCAUGUCUGGAUCCUGCACCCUACUGGCUGGUGGCUGGAGUUCUCCUAGAAUGUAGAACUCUAGCUGGUGUUCUCUAGAACUGUACUCUCAUUCUGUUCCUCUGGGUGUUCUGCUGUCCAGUCAUUCCAAAAUAGAAUCUUUACUGUCUGUUGAGAUGAUCCCUGCAGCUGCUUGGUUUUAACUUUAAUCAUCACAGACCAAUAAAAUCCUCACACCAAU